GCACCGCAUUCAGAAGCAUGAUCAUCGGAAGAAAUCAAACUUGUAAUGAUGUAAGUUACUUGGUUAUGGCGGCGUCUCCCAUGGCAUUUCCGAGUGAUUUGCUUCACUAUCUUAAUACAGGGUCAUCCGGCCAUACUUCUUCAGUCGCACUGGGAAGCAGAAGACAAACACGUGUCUUCAAUGUGGUACGUUUCGUGAACAGAAACCCUCCCUGCAAUUUACAUCGAGGUACUUUCCUAGUAUCCUUCCACGAUGCCUCUAAAGCUAUAUCGGUCGCUCCUUUACUCUUACGGAAACACCAUCACUCGCCUCCUUGAGUCGAGAUCACAACUUGAUUCAGUAAAGGCACAAUGGCUGAACCCAACAAAUAUCUUAUCCAUACUCACCGUCAUCGGCGUGGAUGUUGUGCAACGUGCUAUUGCACAACUGGCUGGAAAUCCAUGUUAUUUCACACCAGUUGCAUUGUCCUUCGGCUGGCUGGGGUAUGCACUGAACGCCGUCGGCACCGUCAUAGGAGAGGGGCGACUCAUGCCGCCUGCAGACUGUCAAUGCAUUUUGGUAGAUGCUACUACGCAGACCAGUCGGCGGAAUAGGUCAUGGAUUCUUGGACGAUUGGUUAGGGAUCAUGAGACGGAUUCCACCAAGCCUGGCUUGACCCUAACUUUCUACAAGGCAUCGCUCAGAUACCAAGGGAUUCCCAGCAUGGACUGGGUUUAUUGCAGUGGAAUAGCUGUAAUAUUCAUCCAACUAGGAAUAUCUGUCAUACCGAUCACCCUCUUUGAGGACUGGAACGUAUUUAUCGUCACGGUGGCCGGCACUGUGUUGUCACUGUUCACUGGUGCAUUGCCAAAAUGGAGGAAAGAAAAGUGGUCAUGCCGCACCCUACAAAACGAGACGGAUAGAGCUGUGAUAUGUCUCACUCGAGGCAAUGGAUAUAGUGAGGUACUUGUGAUUAUUAGCGAAGGGAGAGGACAUUUUCGCUUGGAGGACCUAGCGUUAGCAGACCCAGGCGGCGUUCCGACCUUUGGGACCUUGGCAAUUAUGAUGGUGCUAUUCAUCUGCCAACUCUUGUUACUUCUGACUAUUGCUGGGUUGCAAAACAACCUGUGGUUUUUGUUCGCGAUUAAGAGCCUGGGUAUGUUCUACAACGGCGUCGCAGCUGGUAUUCGAAGAGCACCUAGUACAACAGGAAUUCGCCUGGAGAGAGAGGUGGAUGGAGUGAUUGCGGAAAGGAAAGUCUUCCAAGCCCUGAAACGUGCAGAAGAGCGUGAGAGAUAUGUUGGGAUCUCGUUGAUCCCUAUAUUCUUCCCUGGAGGUCUAAGGCCGGAUGAAGAGCAGUGGCGUAAGAAAACAUUGGAACAUUACGCAGAAUCCAAGAAGAUCGGGAGCCCUAUCUCGAACACUGAAGGCACUGGGUCAUUCUAACAGAGAAGACCCAGAGAAGCGCCAUCUUCUUACCAUGGUAUUGUAAUAGCAUGCUGCAGAUUUCGGUUCCCAUUUUACAUGGCAAUGGCGGGGAAACGAGCAUGCCUGCCAUUCAAUGCAAUGAGCCCGGUCACUUAUUGCUAUCUGAUCGUAAAGGCCCAAUAGAUCAGCUUUCUAUCGUAAGUACAAUGAAAGUCGCAAGACGGACAUACUGUAUAUAUGGCUCCCAACUUUUUAUCACCCGACUCAAUGGUAGAAAUUCCAGUUAC